UGGCCGCUCUCAGGUUUCUCUCUGGUAAAACUAUAAAAGUGGAUUAAAAUUGUCAAUUCAAAAUUCAGUGGGGAAAAUCAUAAACGUGGCGAACCAAUCAGAAUCUGGAUACACCGCAUGUCCAGCCUCUGAUUAGAGGGUCUGUAAUGUAGACGAGCCUUAACAUCGUGGACAUCAAAGUGCCUUGGAGGUUAGAUCGUUUCGGUUUCUAGAAUCUUGGGGCACACCGCCGGUUUCGUCAAGUCAGCGCGAGCCUAAGAGCGGACGCAAUGUCGGCCGCGAAGCCCGAGAAUUGGAGAGAGUUCAACCGUAAGCGGAAGGAACAACGAAAACAGUGGAAGGAGUCGCAGCUAUCGAAGAAGGCGAGGAAGGAGGAGCUCGAGAGGGAAUCGAGUAAAGAGGCGCGGGAGUGCGCGGAAGGUGACGGCAAGUGCGAGCAGAGGGACGUCUGCACCGUCAGCAUCGCGGUGCCCGGAUCGAUCCUCGACAACGCGCAGUCCCCGGAGCUGCGCGCCUACCUGGCGGGGCAGAUCGCGCGGGCCGCGUGCAUCUACCGGGUGGACGAGAUCGUGGUGUUCGACGACAAGGGCGAGGUGACGGAGGACGAGAGGCGGAAGCUCAGGAAGGACGGCACGCUGGGCGAGGCCAGGGCCGGGUGUCUGCAGCUGGCCAGGAUACUGCAAUACCUCGAGUGCCCGCAGUACCUGAGGAAGCACUUCUUCCCGAUCCACAAGGACCUGCAGUACGCGGGUGUGUUGAACCCGUUGGACGCGCCGCAUCAUCUGAGGCAGCAGGACGAGUUCCUGUACCGGGAGGGUAUAGUCACCAACAAGCCCCUAAAGGCUGGCAAAGGGUCUCAAGUGAACGUAGGAUUGUUGAACGAGGUUCAUGUAGACAAAGUACUGAUGCCUGGUUUAAGGGUAACAGUGAAGAUCCCAGCGGAACAACCAAACCGGAAGAAGCUGAAGGGUAUUGUUGUACCGCCUAACGUGCCGCGCGCGGAGACCGACGUCUAUUGGGGCUACACUGUCAAGCUGGCCAAGAAUCUGACGGAGGUGCUGACAAAUUGUCAGUACAAGGGAGGGUACGACCUGACGAUCGGAACGUCCGAUAAGGGAACGUCGAUCGACGAGAUAGAGACGGAGAGCCUGGAGUAUCGCCACUGUCUCGUAGUGUUCGGAGGCCUCGCCGGACUGGAAGCCGCCGUGGACGUGGAUCCGCACUUGGACGUCAACGAUCCGUCGCUGGUGUUUCAUAAAUACGUAAAUACAUGCCCGUGCCAGGGCUCGCGAACAAUCAGGACGGAGGAGGCUGUCCUCCUGACUCUAGCCGAGUUAAGAACUAAAUUAGUGGCUAAGGGAAGUACAAAGCAAUCCUAAGAAACAAGAUAAUGCUGCGAACAGAUAGCCCUCACGUUGUAUUACUGUAUCAGAAAUACAGUACUCUGUACAUAUAUUUUCACAUGUGUAUAUAAAAUGUUUUUCCGCAGGAA